CUCGGUUUCUAUACCUGGAGUCUACGCUGUGAUCCGGCGGUGACCGCGGGCUCGGGCUGAUUGACGGGGAUAUAUUUAAGAGUGUUCACAGAAUUAUUAGAUGGCGUUUGUGGUUAAGAUGUAAAGGGAAGUUCCGUUCUUUGUUCAUCUGUUAUGUGAUUUUCGUUCCAAGUGGAUCUACCGGCGUCUGACUCAGGUGUAUACCUCCCUCUACAUCCCUUGAACAUAGCGUCAUCGAACUGCAUCACCUCCAUGCUCCCCAUCCCCUGCCACGGUCACCCAGCAACUCUUCUCUGUCCACAGUAAGGAUGUGCAUGUGAUACCCAUUGACAAGGGACGCCUCUACAGUGUGGGUUGCUGGCCAGGAGUGGGGUCGACUUUGUUCUAACGAGGCUGAAGGAGGGAAGGAGAGCUGGAGAGCAAGGUGGUUAUGGGAGGAAGAGGAACCAACUUGGGUCUCGGUUUAAAGUGUGCAAACUUGAGGUUGUCCUGACUCGAGAGGAAGACGAAGAACUUGAGUUUGAGCUUGUUUUGAAGACAGAAGUACGAAUUUGUUUUCAAUGAGGAGAAUCAUAAGCUGUUCUUGUUUCCCCGGACAUUUGACAGCCUUUCUAGACGUGGGAGGGAAGUGAAAUAUUAUCUUAUCGAGCACAAGAACCUCUCUCGAAGGUCUUAGUGGAAGCCGAAUCUGAACCUUGUGUUCAUAGAUCAGUAUACCCAAAGAAAACCAGAUCUAAGGAGAAAGAAAAUUGCCUAAACAACUACAUGUCCAUAACGUAACUACAGCGAAAGGACGCCCCUGAGGUAGUUCUUGUUAGAGAAAAAAGGAAUUGAAGUCGGCACCGCCAUGUUCACCUGGGACGCGGGAGUUCGAGCCCUCAACCAUGGGACCAAAGAUGAACUGCAAAUCAUAGGCUGGCAGCCAGACUUGCGGAAGAUGUUGCUCACCGCUCUGCUGACCGUGCUGACGGGCGGGUUGCUGCUGAUCCUUAUAACGUGGCGUCCAUCCAUCAAGCUGUGGCUGACUCACAGGAGGUGCGAUGACAGCGAGGCAAAGCGAUUACUUGUUAAGGACAUGUACGACCAGCUGUGGGAGGAGGAGGUGGUCCGGGAGGAGGUGCAGACGGAGGACCAAAAGGGCACACAGUCCCGAGUAUAUUUCAUUAACAAGAAGAUCAAGUACGUGUGGGACGAGGCGACGUGUACCUUCGUCAGGCUGAGGCCUCUAGAGCACGGGACGACCUUCAACACCUUCCACAGGCAGUCAGAAGGUCUCAGCGAACCCACAGCGAAAGCCAGAAAGGCCCUGUUCGGCGAGAACUUUAUGAAGAUCGAGAUUCUGUCCAUCUGGCAACUAAUCGUCCAACAGACUUACAUUCCGCUCUACAUGUUCCAACUGUUCGCUGUUAUGAUAUGGUGUUUACAAGGCUAUUAUAUGAAAGGUCUGGGUCUCCUGUCACUGGCCAUAUUAUCAUUUACAUACUUGCUGUACAGAAUAAUUCAGCAAAGUCGCGCCCUGAGGAAGACGGUAACAUCACAGUCACAGGUUACGGUGCUGAGGGAUGGACAAAAGAUCUCGCUCUCGUCGCGGGAACUCGUACCCGGCGACGUGAUGCUCAUCGCCGACGGACUGGGUCGCAUGGAGGUGGACGCGGUCGUGCUCCAGGGCAGUGUGGUCGUGAAUGAGGCCAUGCUGACGGGGGAGUCGGUGCCCAUUACGAAGGUUGCCAUACCCAAGGAAAACGACACGAUGUUUUGCGAGGAGGAACACAAGCGCCAUUUUCUGUACAGCGGGACCGAGGUGCUCCAGGUGCGAGGCGGUCGGGAACUUCCGGUGCUGGUCGUUAAUACAGGGUUCUACACCGCGAGGGGAGAGCUGGUCAGGUCCAUCUUGUUCCCGAAGCCCAUCGAGCAUCACUUCUACGGCGACUUCCUGAAGCUGCUCGGGGUGUUCCUCCUGAUCGGUCUGGGCGCCAUGGUGUGGAGCUUCUUCCAGUGGUCGAAGCUCAGGGGCUCCUGGGACGUGGUCUUCCUGUCGCUGGACCUCGUGACGUUCGUGGUGCCGUCCGUGCUGCCCGCCACCAUCACCGCCAUCAACGCCUGCACGCAACAGAGGCUCAAGAGGAAGGACGUCUUCUGCCUCUCCUCGAACUACAUCUCGCUCUCGGGCUCCGUCGAUACCGUGUGUUUUGAUAAGACGGGAACCCUGACGGAGGACGACCUUGCUCUCGCCGGCGUCAUCCCUUGCACCGAGGGGGACAUGGGCUCUCCUGUCGAAGACGUGUCCCAACUGGAGGUCGAGCAGCCGCUGACGAGGGCGCUGGCCACGUGUCACUCCCUCACCUCCAUCAACGGGAAACUGGUCGGUUAUCCAAUUGACACCAAGAUAUUCAGCGGCAUCGGAUGGAACCUGCUGGAGUCGGACCCCGCGGUGAACCAGGACUACGGCAUGGUGACGCUGGUGCGGGUGCAGCCUCCGCCGGGCGAGCGCGUGCUGCCCGAGGACCACGAGGUCGCCGUGCUCAAGACCUUCCCCUUCGAGGCCAAGGAGCAGCGCACCACGGUCAUUGUGCGCCGGAAGGGCUUCCCCGCCUGCGAAGUCUUCAUCAAGGGCGCGCCCGAGAAGGUGGCGUCGCUCUGCCGCCCCGACACAGUUCCAGGAAUCACCGAGGCGGCCUUAGAGUGGUACACGAGGCAAGGACUCCGGGUCGUCGCCGUCGCAGGGAAAACUCUUCAGGGAGGACUCGACCGGGUGGAUCUGACGCCCCGGGAAGAUCUCGAGGAGGGCGCCAUGUUCCUGGGGCUGGUGCUCCUGCAGAACAAACUGAAGGUCGAGACGGCACCUGUCCUGGCUGUGCUCCACCAGGCAGACAUCACUACAGUCAUGAUCACAGGCGACAACCUCCUGACGGCGCUGAGCGUGGCCCGCCAGAGUGGCCUCGUGUCCUCCGGCCGCCAGAUGAUCGUCGUGAAGGCUCAGGUAGCAGCGGCGUCUGCGAAGGCAGCUCAGCACCUCAAGGUCUAUUACUUCGAUGCUGAUUACGAAGGCGGAUUGCGCAAUCAGAGGAGCGUCAUCUCCGUCCGCAACGACAACUACGUCCUGGCCACCGACGGGGAGAGUUUCGACCUGAUCUACCGAGGGCUGGACAAGGAUCUCUUCCAGCGCCUCGUGCACAAGGGCAGGGUCUUCGCCAGGAUGAAGCCGGAGCAGAAAAUCACGGUGGUUGAGGCUCUGCAGGAUCUCGGCCAUCAAGUCGCCAUGUGCGGGGACGGCUGCAACGACUGCGGCGCCCUCAAGGUGGCUCACACGGGCAUCUCCCUCUCGUCUGCCGAAGCCUCCGUGGCCGCGCCCUUCACCUCGCGUCGUCAGGAUAUCACGUGCGUCCCCACUCUCCUCCUGGAAGGCAGAGCCACUCUCGUCUCCAUCUUCGCCGCCUUCAAGUACAACGUCGCGUCCAUGUUCGGCGCUCUCGUCUGCGUCGUCUUCCAUUUCUCGAUCUUCACGGAGCCCUCAGACGAACAGUACGUGACCAUGGACCUCGUGUUGGCCACAAUCCCGGUGCUGGUGAUGGGCUACACGGGCCCCACCGACCGCCUCGUGCCCCGCCCCCCGACUAGGCGGAUUCUCACCUUCCUCCCCGCGGCCUCGAUCUUUUCCUUUCUCAUCUUCCAGACUAUUAUUUAUUGGCUCCUGCUGCUCUACCUCCGCGUGCAACCAUGGUUUGUCGAGUUUGUCCCGCCCGAGCAGAUAGAGUUCGAAGCUCCGCCAAAACCCAGCUUUGAAAACACGGAACUCAUCAUCGUCAAUUACUAUACUUACGUCAUCUGCGCUUUAGUAUUCUCGCAUGGGUCGCCUUACCGGAAGCCUAUCUAUACCAACUACAUCUUGACAGCGUACCUUCUGGCCUCGACGGUGCUGUGCAUCUUCAUCAACUUCUACAAGGGAGAAUGGAUGAUCACUUUGCUCAAUUUCAAGGUCAUUCCAUCCGCCAGCUUCUCCGCCAUGAUUUUCCUCGUCGUCAUCAUCUACGGCGCCGUGACUUUCAUAUGGGAGCACUUUUGGUUAUACGGAGUGAUCCAAAACCGCGUGAUGCCCUGGCUGGAGAGGACCUGCGGACCGCGAUCUCCCCACGCCAAGCUCGAGGCCGAACUCAAAGACAUCAAGAGCUGGCCGCCUUUGACAGAGCCUCCGGACAUCGACGCGGGGAACGAAGCAGAAGGCGUUGAGGGAGACGAAACGGUGGAGUCGGAAACUCUGGAAAAGGACGAGGCCGCCCUCCUUAUCAGAAAGCUCACGCGGAGGCACCGAUUCAAAGCGACCGUCAAAUACCACAACGAAGUCAAGCCAGGUCAGUCCUCCCCUAUCGAUGUGCCCGAACAACCCACCUUUGCCAUGACGCCCAAACCGCCGCCGUUGGACUCCGAUGAGGAAUCGAGUCCCAUUCCGGCGACCCUGGAGACUGGUUUUCCGGCAGAGAGUGCCGACUACAGGGUGCCCUGGGACAGUCAACACGGCGAAGGAAGUAGAUUCAUGUUCAACCACAGUGUGAGGCAUCAAAUCUUGAAGGGAACAAAAGGUGGAUUUAGCACCUUUAAGGGUAGUGUUAAGAAGCACAAUAAUAGGGGGGACAUUGAGGAUGCAGAACCUUAUGAGGUGAUUAGUCUGACUGAUCGAUCAUCAGUAGAGCAAAGUAAUGUCAAUGGAGGAGAAGAGAUCUAUGCAACAAUAUCGGAGACUUAUAGUGGAGAUUUGCAGAAAAGUGAAGAUACUGAACAGGAUGAUGAAAGCCACUACCAGGACCCUGUGCAAGAACAAGCACCAGCUCCACACGAAAAAUUGGACAGCCUCAGGAGGAGGACGGAGAGACAGAAAAGUGAGAUGGAUGAUGUUUUUAAUUAUGUAGAUGAGCUUGAGUUUAAUGACGAUAUAGCAGAAAGGAGAGUGAAAUUUGCAGAUUCUGAAGAUGAAGAAAAUUCAAGCUUGCUAGAAAGUAUGACAGCUGCCUGGAAUCGCAUAUCCAGAGCAUCACUUGCACUUGGCAGCCACAUGGAUGAUAUGAGCACUACACACCCCAUUCCUGAAGAAGCUUCUUGGCCUGGACAUCCACAGUUAUUAUAUGAUGUACCAGGACCACCAAGACCUGUUGAGAGCCACCUCUCCCAUGGAAACAAAGAACGAGGAGCUUCUGUCGAGAAUUACCAUGUUUUAACUCUUCCCCAUGAACAAGGAGAAGGCAGAGAGAGUAAUGCUUGAAGUGUUCCAAUCUCCAAAAUGAGAAGUUGAGUGCAAUUCGUGUAUAAAUUUGUGACUCUAUUUCUGUAUAUUUAAUCUUUAUACUGUUGAGAAAAUUAAUAUUCUUGAUAUCGUGUAAGCAGAAAAAGUACCAAUAUACUUGUGUUCUUUUAUGUUAUUGCACAAAAGUAUUUUGUAAAUUAAUUUCAGUGACUGUGUAUUUAUUUAAAAGUGCAGACUUGUCUAUAAUACAAAAGCCUUGUUAUGUUUGUAUAAAUAAUAGAAUGCAAAUUUAAACAAAGGUAGAAAUACAUAAAUGAGUAUAGGAAACGUCUAAAGUUGUGGAACUUUAAAACAGCAUAAAGUCAGAUCAAUAUAUAUAUAUGAAUACUCAAUUUGAUUAUCAUGUUUGACCCUACUGCACCAAGUAUUAACAAUAUUCAUACUUCCAUAUGCAUUUAAAAUCAAAGGAAUGACUGUGUGAAUGAAAUAUAACUGAUAUCCUUAUGCAGCUACUUGCAGAUACUAUAUUAUGUGAAAUGUUUUGCACAGCACAAUGUUCAGGCAUGUCAUAUGUAACUAUUCAUGUUCAAGACAUGUGUAGUUUUUUUAAGAUUUUCAAUAGUAUAUAAUUUGAGAAGCCAGUGUUCUAAAUAUGUAAUACAGUACCCAGUUGUGACAGACAAAAAAUAUAUUAGCUUAUGUUAAACAUUGAUGCAUUCAUUAUAUUAUGUGUAUUAUGAUGAUGCAACAAAAAGGGAUUUUAUAAUAUAAAAUACAAGUCCUCAAAAAAAUUGUUUCCCUUGUAUAUUGUAUAAUUGCACAUGUGUUAUGGUGUGUUUGGGAUACAUCUGGGUUUUCUGUUACCAUGUAUGUCUCAAUGUUAGGAUGUUUUCUUUGUUUUUCUAAUUCUAAGCAAUGGAUAUUGUUAGCAGAGAUAAAAGUUAUAUAAUGCUUGUAAAUAUUCUGGUGUAGAAGUUAUAUGAAAGGUGAAAAACUGAAAGCAUUUUUUGCUAGUGUCUUUUUUUUUGUUAAUUUUCUUUGGCAUUUAAGUAGAAAAAGAAAAAUGUAAUUUAGGAAGUUAGGUGAGCAUUACCAGACAAUUCACAGCGUAAUUAAUGAAGAAUAAUGUAUUCCAUUUGAGUUAACUUGUUUCAUUUAGCAAAAUUACUCUGAAAAAUUCUAUAAAUGCAAAAUUUGUUAUAAAAAUGUUUGAUCUCUUAUGGUUAUAAUUCCUUGUUAGAAUAAUUUUUCACAUAUGCAAUAAAAAGUUCUUGAUAUAGAGCACACUUUUA